ACGGUCAAGGUUGCUCCCACCUCGAUCAAAAGUUCAAAACCAGCCUCCGGCCAAGAACCCUAGACGUUUGUAUUCCUCACCUCUCCGUCCCCGUCCUUUCAUUCCUGCAGACGGGUAGGAAACCCUAGACCAGAUCUGUGUCGUCUUCGCGGGAGCAUCUUGGGACCCGGGGCACGAUCAUGGGGCGCCAGAGCAAGGCAGCAGAAGAUAGGCGCCAGAGCAAGGCAGCAGAAGAUAGGCGCCGGAGCAGCGAAGAAGAGGAGAGGAAAUGUUUUAUGUAUCGCAUCAAAGAGAUGGAGGAGGAUAUGGAGAUGGGAAUACUUACAAAGGAGAUGCCCCGGCCAAAUAUUGUCAAGUAUCAUGAUCUACUGGGGAAGUUAUGGGGAUGGUACAAACUGCUACCAAUGGGGGAUUACGUGUCGUGGUCUGACUAUAGCAACUACCUCAAAGAGUAUCACUGUCGAAAUGGUCAUAUAAUUAGCAGCAUUGCUGCUCUCCCUCAGACUUGUCUCAACAGUGAGGAGCAACUUGUGUCUGAGUGGAGGAUCAAGAUGAAAUCUGAAAACUUGAUGAUGAGGAAAUCGAUCGUCCUAAGUUGCCUGAUCCACAAGCAUGUAGAUUCAAUCAUCCACACAGGUUGCAUCCUUUCUGAUGUGUCCAGUGCCGCUUUGUUGUGUAUUGCGAAGGAGGCUGACCUGGUGUGUCAGUUUCUGAGGUGUGGUGAUGAUACUGUUGAUGAUAACUUGAUCGACCGGAGCAGAGAGAUACGCACGUGUGCCUUGGCCCUUAUGAACUGCACUUCAGACAAUUCUGCUACUGCCUCCGCUGUCUUGUUGGGUAUGGCAAGGGAGGCUGAAAUGAUGUGUGCGUGGAUGAUUAAAAAUAAUAAGCCUAUCGAUUUCUGUGAUUUCGUACCUCGUGAGAUUGUGGACAGCCACAUAGUCCGGUUCGAAACCUUGAAUGUUAUGAUCAACAUACUAGAAGAGUCUUGUUCUGCUGCUGCUGCUGCUGCUUGGCACAAGAUUGAUAAGGAAGGACCUGCUAGUAGAAAUGGUCCUGGUGGUGAUGGGGAUGGAGUUAUUGCUGAUGGAGCAGCAAACACCAUAGGGGGUGGAAUUUCAGAUGUAUUGAAUUCUCACUAUAAUAAAAAGAUUAAAGGUGGUGAAAAGGGGAAAAACAGUAAGAUGAUAAAAGAAGAUCUUAUGGAGAAACUAUGGGGGUGGGAAAGGCUGCUACCACUGUCCGUUUCUGUUAAGUCGGCCGACUAUCGUAGCUAUCUUGAGGAGUAUUUCAAACACAAUGCUUCUGAGUUUGCUGCUGGUGCUCCUGCCAACCAAAGUCCCGAGGAUUCGCAAAUCGCAAAUAAUUCUUACAUGGGUGCUGAUCUUGUCAAAUCUUGUCUCAAGAUGGAGGACGAACUCCUAUCUGAGUGGAAGACUCGAGUGAGAUGUAGCAUUAAUGACACCUUAUCAGUCAGCACUAUUAUUCAGUGUAACCUUAUUAAGGAGCUAGUACUUUCAAGUUGCAGCACAGGGGGUGAAUUGUUUUCUCUUGCUUUACUGUGUAUCACCAAGGAGGCUGACCUGAUGUGUGAGCUGUUGAAGCAUGGCGCUGAGCCUUUUGAUGACAUCAUCCAGCAGAGCAGUGUGAUCCGCAUGUGUGUCUUGGGCCUUGCGAACCUCAAAGGGCACCAAUCUAUUUCUGUCGCUGCUGCAAUGGUGGGUAUGACAUAUGAGGCCAAGAAGAUGUGUGAUUGGAUCAAGAGAGAGAAGAAGCUUCUCACCUUCAGCCUGUCUGAGCCUAAUGGUCUUGAGUGCUGCUUGAUCCGGAUCAAAGCCUUGGGUGUUAUGACAAGCAUACUGGAGGAUUGUUCCUUUCCUUGUAUAUAAGAAGAUGCGGGAUGAUGAUGCAAUGUCAUAUGGCUAGAUAAGGGUUGGAGCAAGGAUGGGGACCCACCCAUGCAUGGGUUUCUUUUAACUGGAACACUAGUCUUAGUUUUAAGUACUCCGUAGAUACUUAGUACUGCUGGGUUAUGUGGUGGUGAUGUUUGCUCUUAUAUUAUGGUACUGUUGGAUUAUAUUACUGCUACCGGGCCAAACUGUGCUGCUGUAUUGUACAAAACAUGGUACUCCCUCCA